UAAAUAUGAAAGCAGAGAAGAAAGCAUUGUUAAUCUUUAUGGUAUGGACGCACUGAGAUAGGGCAAAUUGAAGAUGAUAUUCCCGUAGAAAAUUAAAAGUUGCAGUCGUUUGUACCAGAAAUAAUCUACAGGUAUGGCUGUGGUAGAGGCAGUAGAGGGACUGGCAGGGAAGUUCCGAGGGAGUAUGGCAGGAGCACUGAUGGGGGACUGCUUGGGGGCGCCCUUUGAGGGAGAAUCAAGGGCCUCUCGUUCUGUCCUCAACUCAUACUUCAGGAGGCUAGCAGACCCUGCACUCAAGGUUCCCUACAAGUUGUACACUGAUGACACAGCCAUGACAAGGUGUGUGGCACAGUCCCUGAUAGAUGAAAAAGGCUAUUGUGCAACAGACAUGGCUAAAAAAUUUGUGAAGGAGUACUACAACGAGCCCAAAAGAGGUUAUGGGUCCAAUGUGACUGACGUCUUCGCUGCUCUCCGCGCCACAAAGUUCCAGGAUGUCUAUGCGCCCGCUGGGAUUCAGUUUGGUGGCCGAGGCUCCUAUGGGAAUGGAGCUGCCAUGAGAAUCGCUCCUGUUGCGCUCUUCUGUUACGAUGCCCCUGACAAAGAGGUAGUUCACAUUGCUAAGGAUUCUUCUCUUCUGACCCAUGCCAACAGGCUUGGUUAUAAUGGAGCGGUGUUACAGUGUCUGGCUGUCCACCAAGCACUCCACACUCCUGCGAACAAACUAGAUUCUGUGAAAUUCGUAGAAUCUCUCAUCACCAAAAUGAAGACUGUGGAAACACCAAAGGAUGAGGAUAUACUAGAUGAGGGUGAGAAUCCUUUUAUAUAUGUCAAGAAGCUGGAGAAACUUUUGGAGUUGAUGGAACAAGGCGACUCAGUGACACCAAGCCAGGUAGAGGACACACUUGGGGUCUACAUCUCUGCCCACAUGUCGGUACCAACUGCUAUUUACUCCUUCAUCAGAGCCUUAAACCCUGUCACCAAUAUUGAGUCUGAUAAUGCCUUCCUGAGGACCAUCCACUAUGCCAUCAGUCUUGGUGGAGACACGGACACCAUAGCAUCCAUGGCUGGAAGUAUUGCAGGUGCAUAUUAUGGCUUUUCGGAAAUCCCUGAGAGCUUUCACAGGCACUGUGAGGCUCUGUCAGAUGCCAUUGAACAGGCUGAUCAGCUCUUCAAGAUGAGGAAGCCCAAAUCAACAGAGACGUGAACAUUUGUUAGUUGAAGAAUUUGCAUUUAGUAUUACCCACUUCACAGUUUUAGAGUGACAUUCAGACUGCAAGGUCGCUGUACUACCCAGGCCUAUAAUUGAUGGGAAGAUGACUAGCAAACAGGUAAUUUCCCAUGUAGAUUGAAGAAUGGGGCUAUCAGUUGGAUAGUGUGUGGGAAUAAAUGGUACUUCUUAUCAUAGGAUGUGUAUGCAGACAAUGACUAAGUAGUAACAUGUUUUUGUUUAUUCUCUUUUUUGAGAAAAUAAAAUUACGAAAGAUAUGCUUUCAAGAUUUUUAUUGUAUAUAUAAGUGAUAACUUUAGUGCAGUGUUGUCUCUUAUUCUUUUUACGUCUAGCAAUACGGCAUAUGUAUUUUAAUGUAUACUGUUAUUAUGACUAAGAGAUUGUAAUUUCCAGGAAAUGAAUGUGUGGAUUUUAUAUUUGAUAUACCUUAAUUUUGGGAUAUACAUGAAUUGAGAUUCAUUGAGUUCCUUUGUGGCAUAUGACUUCAUAAAAGCCAUUUAAGCUGUUUCAAAAUUUCCUACAUGUAUGUAGUUUGCUCAAAUUUUUGUUGUGUGAAAAUUUUCUAUGUAAAUAUCAAUUUUUCAAAAUGUAUAAGGUAUUUAUGUAAAUAUAUAUUACAUUUCCAUGAGCAGACUUCACUGUGACUUACAUAGAAAAGGUAUGAAUGAAUAAUUAGCUUCAAGCACUUCAAUGUUCUGUCUUUUUUUAGAAUUACAUUUAGUUUUGAUGAUGAUGUUGCUUAGAAUUAUUUCAAUUACAUUACUUGCACUAUAAAGUUAUUAAUUUCCAUUCAUACCUUUUUUACAUUGCAUUUCCAUGUUGAAUUGCUGUUCUAGAGAUGUCAUCAAUGUCUUUGGGAUGAGUACAAAGAACAUGCUAGCUCACAGCACAAUUGUUUAGGACCCUUUUAGCACUUAUUCUCUCCAAUGCAGUGCUGUAGAUUCUCUGAUCCAUGUAAUACUCGUAUGUUUUUUUAAUUGUCACAUAUCAGGAGUAUAUAGAUGUAAAGUUACCCAAUUUUACAGGUUUAGAAUAUGAAAAUCCCACAAAUAUGUGAAAGUAUUUCCUGGUUUACCCACUAAAUACAUUCCUAGACCUGUUAUGUAAUGAGCUUUAAUGAACUUCUAUGUACCUGCUUAAGAAGAAAGAUUUGUUUUAUGAAAAUUCUCUCUUGGGUACUUUGAGGACUACAGCACCAAAUUCUACACUAGAUUAUAAAAAUAGUAAAUACAGUUCAGUGUAAAGGAUACCAGGAUAAAUACAGUGUUUUUGUGAGAUGUUUUGUUUUUGGUCUGAAAUCUUAAAAUCUUUAAAUUGCAAUCAGGAUUUUCUUGUUGGCUUUCUUUAAAUCAUCCAGCUUUUUGUCUAGUCUCACUUUUAUAUACAAUUCAUUUGAACAUUAGAACAGAUGAAGUAUUUUUGUAUUCAGCUGAAAUACAGAGUAGGAUAUAUUCAGCUCAAUAAUUUGAUACAAAACUUCAAAGCACCCUGCACUUUGAAUUUUUUUGUUUGUAAUGGAAAGACAAUGUGAAGCGAUGUACAUAUUUACCCAGGCAUAUUAAAGAGAAAAAAAUAU